AUCAGUUUGACAGACAGCAACACACUAAAUUCAGAUUGAUUUGUUUCGUUUUUGUUUACCCUCGAGUUAAAAAAAUAAAAAUAAUAAAAAAUAAAAAAAAAAUCUCACUGGAUCUUAUGGGAAUAAAACACUCCUCCCGCUGCCUGCUUCUGAGGAGAAAGAUGGCGGAGACUGAGAACCCAGAGCAGACAAGCAGCGCCCCAUCGCAGGCUGUCCAGCCCGUGCCUCUUCCAAAGCUGGUGCAGUCCAUCCAGCAUGUCCCGCACACACCCGCUCUACCGAGUUGUCCUGGCAGGGGAAAGAUAGCCAAGUUUCUCAGCCCAGAGGAAAUGACAUCAAGGGAUUAUUACUUUGAUUCCUACGCACACUUUGGAAUUCAUGAGGAGAUGCUGAAGGAUGAGGUCCGAACGCUCACGUACAGGAACUCUAUGUAUCACAAUAAGCACAUCUUUAAGGACAAGAUUGUUCUAGAUGUGGGGAGUGGCACAGGAAUCCUCUCGAUGUUCGCAGCCAAGGCUGGAGCCAAGAAGGUGUAUGGGAUCGAAUGCUCCAGCAUUUCAGACUAUUCAGAAAAAAUUAUCAAAUCGAAUCAUCUGGACAACAUAAUCACAAUCUUUAAGGGUAAAGUGGAAGAAGUGGAGCUGCCCGUUGAUCAAGUGGACAUUAUAAUCAGCGAGUGGAUGGGUUACUGCCUGUUCUACGAAUCUAUGCUGAAUACAGUAAUCUUUGCAAGAGACAAGUGGCUGAAACCUGGAGGGCUGAUGUUCCCAGAUCGAGCUACCUUGUACGUCAUUGCCAUUGAAGACAGACAAUACAAGGACUUCAAAAUUCACUGGUGGGAGAGCGUGUAUGGCUUUGACAUGACCUGCAUCCGAAAUGUUGCUAUGAAGGAGCCCCUGGUGGAUAUUGUGGACCCCAAGCAAGUGGUGACUAACUCCUGCUUAAUAAAGGAGGUGGAUAUUUACACUGUGAAGACAGAUGAUCUCUCCUUUACUUCAGCGUUCUGCCUUCAAGUGCAGCGCAAUGAUUACACCCACGCUCUCGUCACCUAUUUCAACAUUGAGUUCACUAAGUGUCAUAAGAAAAUCGGCUUUUCAACAGCACCCGAUGCUCCUUAUACACAUUGGAAGCAAACUGUAUUUUACCUUGAGGAUUAUCUCACUGUGAGAAGGGGUGAGGAAAUAUACGGAACGAUCACCAUGAAGCCCAAUGAAAAAAACAUUCGUGAUUUGGACUUCACCGUUGAGUUGGAUUUCAAAGGCCAGCUCUGCGAGACAUCAAUAUCCAAUGAUUAUAAGAUGCGUUAAAUGUACUUAGGGAAGAUCUGUGCAGUAGUGUUAACCCAGCUUUCUUUUUAGCUGGUGAAAAAAAAACAACCUCUUUUCAAAUGCUGAUUGAAAAAGGGGAUUCCUGUUAAAGGGGAAAUGUAGUCAAUCCUGCUGGUAUCGUCAACAUCAGACAUCACGAGAGAUUGCUUAGAAAACGAGACUGAAUGUAACGCCUUCCGAAGAAUGUUUUCUGUUUUUAAGGGUGUGUUUUAUUUGUUGUUAAAGAAAUAGUAAGAAGACUAAAGAACAUGUCAUAUUUGGGGAGAGUGGUCACAGUUCUUCCAGGCAUUGCAUGUUCUAAAAUAUAUGGGGAAAUAUCUUUACUAAGUUAAAAUAAAGACUUCCAAUAAUCUAUCUAUAUCAUGCCAAGGUUGUAACGUGAACAAUAAAUGAGCAAGAUGCAGUUUACAUGAGCAUUGUGUUGCAAGAACAAAAUGUAGUGUUGAUGUAAUUACUGAAAGCAUUGGGCCCUAUGUUUUUAGACCUUGUUACUUUAAUAAGAAAGUAUAGGUUAUUUUCUAAGAAUAUAACAGUGAUUCAUAAUUAUUUAGUAACUUUUUUUUUGUAAGGUUGGAUUAGUCUUCAUAACUUCAGUAAAAUAUGAUUCAUUAUUAAUUUGCAUGGUUUCUAAUAACGUUAUGGUUUUAUUAGAUGUUAGGGUAUUUGAAAUAGUGUUAGGAACCCAGAGAGACAAGAUUAACACUCUUUAGGUGAACUGGUAGUAUUACAAGCACGGUAAACCGUGUGCAUGACAACUAUGAAAACAAUGUCCCACUCAGUAUUCUCCUGUGCAUCCAUUCAGUAAUUACUUUUCUUUUUUUUUUCAGAAUUCAGCACUUUAUUAAGAUUAAAUUAUGUCUGAAUUAUCAAGGAUGAUGUAUGGUUAACUGUUGGGUAAAAUACGUAUUUAGCUGCCUGGAACAAAGAAAACGCUGUAAGGUGUACGCACCAUGGUUUUAAAAUCAAUUUACCUUUUAUUAGCUUCAAGACCCUCUCACUGCUCCAUUAGAUAUCACAUAGUUGGACAUUUACUGCAAUAUCUAAAAUAUAUAAAAAGUUCAACACUAUAGACCAGCCCUUGCCAUGUUAAGAGUCCCAUAUUCUUUCUUUGCUGCACACAGUCCUAUCACAGAAGAUGCACUAACUCAGGUUUAUAACAAACUUCUAAGUGCCGUGCCAGCCCAGUGGGUGUCAUUUUAUGGAAUUAAGGAAGGGGCUGACCUAAGAUUUCGGAUGCCAAGCAUUAUAAGAACUUAAUUAUGAUUUAAACGCACAUUGCAAAAAAAAAAAAAAAAAAGUUCUAAAGAUUUUAGAAAAAUUUUACAGAAACGUUCAGAUUUUACUUGCCUAAUCAUGGCCAUCUGGGUUUACAACUAAUGUAACUUGAUCAUUCUACUUGUCAUCUUGUUUAUUUUUAUCUCUGAGGAUGGUUACACAGUUAUUCUAAUUAUUUCUUAAAUAUUUUCCUUAAGAUUCCCUCAUAGCACAAAAUAAAUGUGUGCUGUGCAAAAGUUGUGCCACCAUGCUGUCGCUAUGAUUAAGUUCAUGUGUUAAUGCGGUUACCCGUUAGCAUCAAUAGCUUUGCUGUAAUGUGAAUUUUAAUUCAAACAAAAUAUGUCUGAUAAAUGAUUUACAAUUCUUAACUCUAAACCAAUUCAAUUGUCAACAAAAGGCUAUAUUGACUAUAAUUGUUACAAGAGAAGUGCCUUUGUGUUAAAAUACUUUCCAAUAUCAGUGCUCUGUUCUGGAGGACUGUAAAGCCCCUGGCAGGCUCUACUCGGGUUGGAACCUACCUGGGUCAGGACCCGGUGUCAUGCGGGUUGGCUACGUGAUUUCACACUGCUUUUCAUAAAGCAGGGUCGACCUGGAUUACAGAAGGAAAUACACAAUGAGCACAUCAAUGCCCCUGAAGCAGCUUGUUACAGGCACUUCCAGCCAAGGCUCUCCGAAUUGAAUCGUCGGCCCAAAUUUUGAUUAGGGAAAAUGUUUCUUCAACCCUGCUACAAUCUGGCUCACGGGGUGUCUCAAUCAACAAAAAUAUGGCUAAACAGAAUAAACAGAAAUGUUCCUUGUGGAAGUGAAAUCUUCACGCAGGCGUGGCUGUUUGUUAUUUCGUUGGUUUACGAACAGCCUUCAUGCAUUUUGCCUUGCUCAACCCGGGUCAAAGAAUCUACACGGUUUCGUACUACGCACGAUUGUGACCCGGGUAACCACACCAUGUCAGUGUGAAAGGGGCUUAAGAUAAUGCUCUACUGAUAUAUGCAUACUGAUGUAUAUAUGCAUACUAAUGUAUGCAUAUUUAACAAAACUUCCAUUUACCUGUUUCGAGUAAGUUUUAUACUUGUUGUAGUACAUACUUUCUAUCUCAGACUCAUGUCGGAGCCUGUUAAUGAAAAGUUAUAUCAGAAAAUGCGAUAUUUACCACAUCUCAGCAUUGCUUUACUGAGCUGAAGAGGCUCUGCUGGUGGGUCGCUAAACGGAGGUUUUUUUAAACAUGCAUACAUAAAUAUUCACUUACAUUUUUUUCAACUGCAUCUGGUUGCGUUCCAUAACCAUCUCGCAGUAAGUGCUUAAAUAUGAACCAAUCUUUAGAAACGAAAAGCCUGCAGAAAUGAAACUGAAGCUAACAAAGGGUAAGAUUUUAAAAUCUUGAAACACUUAGAAAUCUUAUUGUAAUUUUAAUGGAAACUUGAAUUAAAGAGACUUCAAGACUGCUUACAGUAUGUGCAGAAGUAUCUUCAAAGGAGUGAUAGUUCAUAAAAGCAUUUGAAACAUUGUACUACUAUCUACUACUACAGUACUCCCUGUUUCAUUCUGAUGAAAAUCGUUCAGCUUUUUCUCUUUUUUACUUGAAUUGGGAAUAUGCAGGUUUUCCAGAGGUCAGCAUAAAAUACAUUGAUUCUUCCUGGUACAUGAUCAUUUUUUCUGAGGUUGGUAACAUGGUCUGAUUGGUGCUAGACCAUUGGAGUAAAAUUGACCUACAGCAUAGGGCAUAGGUACCAGGAAUCAACAAGAAUUUGAAUUUUAAAGUAUAACAAUGGAGUAAAUGAAAAUGCUUGAAUAAACAAGCUAAGAACAGAAAUAACAUUUUACUCAUAAAGAAAAUUAUUUUAAAACGCUGAUUAUCACUCCUUUAAAGAUAUGAUUUUAAUAAGCAUUAGUGUGUUUUAGAAUGAGCGCUGAUUGAUCACUGUGGCUGUGGUGGAACUUGACUGUUAUAUACUGUACCAUUGUGACAAUGAUGAUUUAUCUAACCUGCAUUUUGUUUUCUGUUAUAGGAUAGAUCAAGCUGUUAAGAUAGUGUGUCUUUGUAUCCAUCAGGUCAAAUUCAUGCUGUUACUUUAUUGAGGAGUGAGAUUUAUUAAAAUACUGUAUAUGAAAGGCCUUUGUAUUACCUUGAAAGAUUAAAAUGAUUCAUGACUGAA